UAUGAAGAUAUUUGGAUGAAUGAUAUGGAAGAAGGUAGCAUAAGCUCUGAAUAUAGUUCUGAACCUGUUACAUGUCACAUAAAAGAAAGACAAAUAAUAAAUCAACAAUUAUGGAAUACAGAAGAAAUUAUCUUGGCCUUAUCUAAUCUUCCAGCAGGAAAGCGUGCACUUUCUGUUAUUUCUACUCUUCAUGGAGAUACUUUAGACAAAGCUUUAGAUGAAUUUCUAAAAACUGAUUAUAGCAAAAUAGCAGUCGAUCCUAAAAACAGCACUAUAUCUUCAUUUGCAAAUGGAUGUUUACAAAAUACGUUACUCAAUAUUGAAGAUGAAGCAGCUUUAAAUAAAACUGUCCCACAACUUUUUCUGAGAUGGCCAAAUACCUGUCUCUUAGUUGCUUGUUACUUGGGUCAUGUAGAUGUGGUUAGAGCUUUAUUGAAUAAAAAUGCAAAUGUUUCAGCUAGAGAUAAUGAUGGCAGGACAUGUUUACAUUUAGCUGCUUGUACAGCUUCAUUAACGAUUUUAGAAGAAUUACUACGAUAUGGAGCAAAUCCAUGUGAAUGGGACUUUAAUGAAAAAUACACUCCUUUACAUUGUGCUGCUGCUAUGGGAGACCUUGCUUGUGUUAAAUGUUUAAUAAAAUCACAAGCAGAUGUAAAUGCCGGGAUAUAUGGAAAAAGUCCUCUUUAUUAUGCUGUCUUAAGUAAUGCGGUAGAUUGUGUUAAAGCUUUAUUAGAAGCAGGUGCCUCUCCUAAUAAUCCUCAGGUUUACACGGAAACACCAUUGCAUGUAGCAGCUAGUUUGGGUUCUGUUACAUGCACAAAAUUAUUAUUAACUUAUGGAGCAGAUGUAAGGGUUCAAUUUGGUUCUAUGAGAUCUACUCCCUUACAUCUAGCAGCUGAGGAAGGUAGUGCUGAAUGCACAAAAUUAUUAUUAGAUGCUGGUGCAGCAUGUGAAGCAAAAAAUGCAAGGGGACAAACACCAAUGCAUUUAGCAGUCUUAUCUCAAUCUAUGGAAACAAUAAAUACACUUAUAAGUGUUGGAGCUAAAGUUAACACUGAAGACAAUGAUGGUCGUACUCCAUUAUAUGCUGCAGUUGCAAAAGCUACUAGAGAAAUAGAAUUAAUAAACAUUCUACUACAGGCUGGCGCUUUAAUCAACAAAGCAGACAAGUUUGGUUACACACCUUUACAUAUUGCUGCUUUAAAUGAAAGUUCAUCAACAGUAAUAAUGUUAUUAUCAAAAGGAGCAGAUGUCACUGCUAGAACAAAAGGUGGUAUCUCGGCAUUGAGUUUCAUUGUACGUAGAACACCAGAUGCAUUACCACUAUUUAUUUCGCGUUUGGACCAAGCAAUUUCUUUACACGACCAUGAAUUAGGCGACGUUGAUUGUGAAUUAAGAAUAGAUUUUAGACCACUAGUAUCAGGUGGUAGAGGAGAAACAGAUUUGAUACUAUGUCUUGUAGAAGUUGGACAAAGACAUGUAUUAAAACAUCCUUUGUGUGAAAGUUUUCUUUACUUAAAAUGGUUGAGAAUUCGUAAAUUUUUCUUAUUAAGUUUAAUAUUUCAUUUCAUAUUCGUCGCACUUUUUACAGCAUACAUUGCAGUUACAUAUUUGAGUGAUAUUAAACAUAUUGAAAAAUUCAGGAAAGUACUUUUUUGGUUAGUACUAAUGUUUACUGUGACACUAGCUAGUAAAGAGUUCUUCCAAAUGGCUCAUGGUAUAUAUAGUUAUAUUAAAAGAUGGGAAAAUUGGCUUCAAUGGAGUGUUGUAUUGCUAUCAAGUAUUAUAUUAAUCAUGCCAUUACAUAACUGGCAGUAUCAUGUUGCUGCUCUAGACAUUUUACUAAUUUGGAUAGAAUUAAUGAUGGUAAUUGGGAGAUUUCCGAUGUUUGGCCUGUAUAUACAAAUGUUUACUCAAGUAUCAAUUAAUUUUUUUAAAUUUCUUGGUGCUUAUAUCUGCCUUAUAAUAGGGUUUUCUUUAGGCUUCAGUGUACUGCACAAAAAUUAUGAAUCAUUUAAUGAUCCAUUAAUUGCUCUAUUAAAAACAAUUGUAAUGAUGUCUGGAGAAUUAGAAUUUGAAGAUAUAUUCUUUAGCUCAAAAUCUCCAAUUUUAUAUUCUGGUACUGCACACUUAAUGUUCCUAAGUUUUAUCAUCUUAGUAACAGUAAUUUUAACAAAUUUAAUGAUGGGCCUUGCUGUAUCAGAUAUACAAGAAUUAAGAAGAUGUGCUGGAUUAGACAGAUUAGUACGUAGAGCAGAAUUAGUAGCACACUUGGAAAACAUGUUGUUUUCUAAACUUUUAGACCGUGCACCAAAUACAAUAGUGAAGGCAUGCAGACGAGGUGCACUUUUACUACAUCCACCACAUCACUGUGCGAUACAUAUUCGUCCUAACGAUCCCCGUGAAAAGCGUCUACCGCGAGAUUUAAUAAAAUCUAUCUAUCGCUUAGUAACUGAAAGAAAGAAUCAAAAUAUGAAAGUAAAAAGAGCAUCUACAUAUAAUGCACAUAAUAUAGAAAUGGAUUCUGGAUUAAGUCAACUUUACACUAAUACUACUUCUAGUGACAACAAUCAACAACAAUUAAAUGAAUUAGUUGCUGAAUUAAAAAAAUGCUCUUAUAAUAUUGAUGUCUAUUUAGAUAAUUUAAUUAGCAAGGUUGAAUGCAUUGUUAGGGAAUGUAAUAACUCGGCAAUGACAAAGCAUAGAGGUACAUCCUUUUAUAACUCUUGUGUAAAAGUUCCAAUAGAUCCUUGUAGUAGGCAACCAACUCCUUCUUAUGAACGUCUUGAAUUUAAAAAGGAAAAGGAUAAUAAUGGUCUUUAUAAUAGAUGUAAAGUAAAUUUUGUUAAAGAUGAUCAAUUUGUUAGCGAAUCUGAAAUAUCAAGUCCUACAGGGACUAUGGAUAACUUUUUGGAAUUUUUGGAUAGUAUACCAGACUAUGGUCAAGUUUAUCAUUUAUCAAAUGAGCAGUUUAAACAAAAAGUAGAUUACUUAAAAAGGAAACAAAAAUUGUUAUUAAAAAAUUUACAGAAUUCGUUGGCUAGUCAUCAAAAUGUAAAUGUAUCUAAAUUUUCAGUACCUAAAUGUAAUGAAAAGUUAAGAAUCAAAAGUAAGAAUGAUAUUAAUGAUUUAACAUUGAAUGGUAAAAAGUGUUACUUAGAAGAAUCUAGAACUCCUAGUCCUUUAAUUUUUCUUUCUAGUAAAUUUAAUGAACUCUCAGAAGAUCAGGAUCUGUCAACGAAUAGAAGAGAUAAAAGAAAUGAAACAGUAUGUAAGGAGAAAAUACGUUUGAAUAAUAAAAAUUGGGGUACAUGGCAUAAGUUAAAUAGCAAUGAUAAUAUUGAAAGUGAUAUAGAUAGUAUGGAAACAAGAAGUUUACCAGCCAGUAUUACAAAAGAAUGGCACCCUACUAUUCCCAAGCCAUUUAGUUUUACUUUAAGAGAAGAAGAAGGAAAAAAUAUAACCGGAAUAGAAGAACAAAAAUGUACAAAUUUAGAAAACAAUAAAAAGAGUCCAUGUAGGAAGCGUUACAUAUCAUUUUCAUUUCUGUUAAUAUAUGAUAAUAGAUCUAUGGUUCUUACAAGCACUUAUUUCUUUAGGAGUCGUAUAAUCCGCGAAGAAAGUGCAUUAAAUUUGAUGUCUCAGAUACGUCCUUUUAAGCUUGAAUGCGAUCGACGUGCUUGGAGAGCUUUAACAAGAUCUAGUCCAGAAAUUCGUAGCAAAAGCAUUAACAAGAGUACAAAAUUUAAAGCUAAACCAGUACCAAAGAAUCUUUUCAGUACUGAUAUAUAUGAUCGUAUGCUUGAAGACGAAUAUUAUAGGCAGUUGCAAAAAAGAUUAAGAGCCGCACAAUUAAUGAAAUCAUCUUCCUUACCGCCGUCAAUGGCGAGAAGAGAACGUAUAAAAUCUGCAUACACCCGUUUGCAGAAUACAAUUAAAAAUUGUAACGAGAACACCGACGAUAAGAAUGUUUCGCAGCUGUCGAGUAAUAAUUUAAUGCCAUUAAAAAGAUGCAAAUCUAUGAUGUCACUUUUACCUAUACAAGGAAAUAAUUUAGCAGCAAUUUUAAGAUGUCAAGUGUCACGAGAAAAAUUAGAACGUGAAAUAAGGGAAAGAAUGGAAGAAAAACGUAGGGAACAAGCAACAAAAAUUAAACAGUCUUUGAUUGGACGUAAUCCAGUAUGGAAAGCUUUGAGAUCUGCAGCGAGGAAUGAACAUAGUAGAGAUCUUAGUAUUCGAACUUUACUUCGACGCGAUGAAGCGCGUGAACAGGCAGAGCGUCAUCGAUUGCAAAUGGAAAUGAUGUUGGAUCGUGUGACACAAAUACCUACUCUUUUUGAGCGUCACUCUCAGAAUUAUCAAUCGUUGACACAGGCACAACAGAAAAUAAGUGGUUCAAAAAUAUUGCAACAAAAGAGAAAGAGAAAACAACAUAGACCAACGUCGAGUAACAUAAAUUCAUAUAUGAAUUAUGAAAAUAUUUCUUUAUCGGAUUCUGGAUCCCUAACUAGUUCUUCGGGUACACUGUUAUCGAGUCAAUCUUUAAAUUCAUCAAAUACCUAUAUGUCGCAAGUGUCUGAAAAAUCGAUAAGUAAAUCUGAAGUUCCACUUCCCAGGAAGAAAAGUGACCGUAGUCAAUUAAAAGUCUCCAUAAACGAGACUGCAGAGCUAAUUGAAGAUCAAAACAAAGAUGACAAAUCCGAUAACGAGUGUUUAAUCUUUAGCAAUUUCAAUGGCCACAUUGAAAAUGUGUUUUGA